CGCCAGUCAGGCCAUUUCGCCCGAUUCUUUCCUGGCCGGACAAUCAGCUUGUCACCACCAACAAUUGGCAAAUGUCAGCUGAGAGCAGCUGCGCUUCUUGCAAGUGUGACUGCGGUCCAUCGGCCGCUGUAGUAGCCACAGCAAGUGUCGUAUCGACCUUAGCCUUUUGCUUGCUGGUAACUUCGCUCUUGUACUGGCAGCAACGAAAACAACGGAGAGACAAGAGAGUGUGGUCUACUGCUGCCAGCAGUACGUCUGCUCAGUCGGACAUUCCUCUGGAUGUUGUGGAGGAAGUCGUAUCGGGAGAGAAGUGUGCGAGUACUUCUUCGUCGCGUCGUAGCUCGGUGUCGUUUCCAACGGCCGCACCUACUCAAGCGACGACAAGCAGAACGAUUUCGUCAAGUGUCAUAAAAGCACCCUCUCCCGCCAACGGCUUCGCCAGCUUUCCCAAAGGUUUGUCGGCCAGCAAUCCAAUCCUUCUCUCACGUGGAGAAAAUGAACUAAUAACAGAAACUGUAGAAGAAUUAGUGCCCGAGAGCAUCACCUAUUCGAGAAAUGACGAGCCAACGUCCUCGAGGAGUGACGGUGAAAGAGAGAGAGUUUUUUCUCCUACCGAGAGCACGCCGAAUACAUAUCAAACAACAUCAGUACUAUCUGAUACGACUUUACAACGACAACAACUGCUGGAGUCUACAGAUAAAGAGAGUCGAACCACUGCUAGAUCUGAUCGCCGAGUUAGCGACCACGGUCUCGGUCCUCGUCCUCUUCAACGUCAAUCUUCAGUCAAGAGUCCCGUUCCCACUGUUCAAGUGAAACUAACGCGCCCACCUAGCGGCAGUCUGGGGCUCAGUAUCGUUGGUGGUCAAGACAGUAAAUUUGGUGAUCUCGGCAUAUUUGUGAAAGACGUCAUUCCAGAAAGUGCUGCAGCACAACAGACAAACCUGAAGCCAGGAGACGAAAUCAUUUCCGUCAACUCGAUCCCACUCAAAGGAAUGACACACAGUCAAGCUCUCAGUACACUGAAAGGAACCGUUGGUGAGAUGGUUCUCAGUGUUGCUCCUGAUGGAAUCAGCAGACGAGAGAGAGUAAAAAAUGUGACCACAAGGUCAGUUCAACUGAGCCGUCCUCGAUCAGUGGAUUGCAGUUUGUUACUAAAUUCAUCACUGGAACAAUACGGUCAGACGUUCACGGACAUGGACGUUGUACAGGCAGCUAGUAAAAACACAAUAGUCCUGAAUGAUGAAAUGAGGAGACCAGCAACAGACAAAACCAGUAGGCGAACGCCAUCCGUCGUUGUUAGUUCUGCUACCCCGGAGUUGAACAAAGCCAGACUUGCCUCUCCUCCAGCAGGACUCUUGAAUGGCUCUGCGGAAAGCGUAGGAUCUGAUAUUAUUGACUUGCAGUUUGAUACCUACCUAGUUAAGCAUCAACACGCCAAUACUGGUACCACGUCAUUGCACAACCCUCAAGCUCCUGGUGUUUCCGGACGUCGCGUCUAUCCUGUUUCAUCUCGUCGUUUAACUGAAGAACAGUCGAUGCACCACCAGUUUGCUCCUUCGCCUCUGAUUUCACAGUCAGAUGGGCGUCGUAAAGCUCUAUCCGGUGACGUGGAGAAAAUUGAAAAAAGAGAAAGCGAAAUGAAGAAUGUAUCAAUGCAACAACCCGUCCACGACAAAGCAUGGCCUACCAAUGCAAUCAGCAUCUCUGCAAUGAAACGUAGGUCUAGCAAUGACCGUGACACUCCGUCCAAGUCCAGCACACAAACGACAGGAAACGCAGCUGGAGUUACUGUUUCACUCAGCGACUCGAGUAAGAAACCAGAAGACAAACAGUCUGGUGACGAGCAAGAAACCGUUGCUGCCAAUUACCAGUUUGACGCAAAAACACUCUUAGAGAAACUUUUCAAUAGCAGCGAUUCCGAGACCUUGGUGGUACCGUGGAAAGCGAGCCUUCCUCACUAAUCGCUUCUUAACAACGAAAGAAUAUACGUGUAUAAAGUUAAUGCAAAGAUUUUGGACAUUCAAUAUAUCUAGAUGGAACACGUGAUGGAUUAAAAAACAGGUACGGUGCAUUAUACUUUAGAACAAUUAGUACACUACAAUUUAUAAUAUUUGUUUUUCAUCAUCUUUGUAUUAGACUGUGGCAAUACAAUGCCAAAACGUAGUUUAGAUAGGAAACGUACAUUUGCUUUUCGGGAAAUUUUGAAGGUCGGUUUUUCUGCUUAGGACAGAACUGUAGAAAACAUAGACACAAU